GGCACGGGACUCGUGCUUCGAUUGUUCGGUCAACGUUUGUUUCAUUCUAAUUGAGCCAAACUAACGCUUGUAAAAAUGCUCUUGAAACUUUAAUAAGCGGACCGCAAAUGCAAUUCACAAUUGCGGCUAUCGCCGGAGAUGAAAUAUUUAUACCAUUGGAGGCUUGGCGGUUUGGCAAGAAAUCAGCAAAGAACGCCUGGUGCUUCUGAACAUUUAGGUCUUGUACAGAAAGAGAGCGGACGCGACGGCAAAGGGCACGGGAAAAUGGUCUAUAGAAGGCUUGUUCCGGUAGAAAUUCCAGAUAACAAUAAUGAGAAUGAGCUAAAAGUGUUACAUGCGUUAGAAAAAGACGAAGAGACCAAGGAAAAUACAUGCGAUCUUCCGCCGAAAUUAUGCUCCUUGCAGUGUUGCCCUUCAUGGCUGCAGUUCAACAAAUUUGUGUUAACCGGCUACAGAUGCGACUAUACUGUUUCAGAAUGCCUUGAUAGUCUAUUAUACGUUCACAACGAGUCGGUGAAUAUAUACUCACACGGUAUCCCUUGUGUGUUGAUGAUGAUCCUAAUCCCACUAACUGCAAGCCAAGCGUGCCUAGAGAGCUCCUUCUGGUUUUCCCUCCAUUACUUUGCCUGCUUUGCCCCAUUCUUCUCAAGUCCAAUCUACCACCUCUUCAUGUGCCAUAAACAAGGGUCCACAGCAUAUAAUGGCUUAUUAACCUUUGAUAUGUGUGGCAUAUGGGCAGUUAAUACCUUUGGUGCCUUGUGUGGUAUACGUGCAACAUUGUUCUGCUUUCCAAUCUGGAGGAUGACAGCAUUAAUCACUUAUAUCUUAAUUUCCUUUAUUUCCUUGUACUUCAUUCUUGGUGCAAGGACCCCUAAAGAGAGAUUCGUUCCCUUGACUGUUUUUGGAGUUAUGCGUUAUCUCUUCAUAGGUGUGCGAUUAUUUCUUCGCUACCUCGGCUAUGGCUGUGGUAGUGAUGGAGCUUUGCCCUACUGUGUUCUGAUGGAUUUAUUUGCAUGUGUCGGAGGGGUGAUUAACAUUGCUAGAGUUCCAGAGAAGUGGUUCCCUGGGCAGUUUGACAUUAUUGGAAACAGCCAUCAAAUAAUGCAUGUUCUUUCAGUAAUCAGUGUCAUAUUUCUGCAUCUUGGAUCAUCGAAAGAAUUUGAGUGGAUGGCUGAGUAUAAGUGUUAAAUCGAUUGCAGUUUAUAUUUGAAAUAUAACAGUCCUGCAUAAUCUAAACUUAGGUUGAAUUAAUAAAUCUGUAUAGGUAGUUUAAAAUUAUGAUUUAUUGCAAUCUUGAUUAAUCUCUUAAAAUGUAGUGAUAAGCACAAAAAAAUCUAUUUUGCCAGAAAUAGAAUGUUUUGCCAAAGUAGAUUUUAUAGUAUAUAAAAUGUUUAUUUAAACUGUUAUACAGAAAAAUAUGCCUAGUUGUCUAAAGCUGUUAAGUGGCUGCUUCUUUAUAUGAGUGGCUGUGUUCUAUAUAUGAAAGCCUAAAUUAUCAUAUAAUUUUGCUAUUAUUCAAAUAGAGGUUCUGUUUUCAAUAAAGGGUCUAUUGACGAUCCUUGCCUCGUUUUAAAGACGCGAACACCAUAAUAGGAGACUAGUUCUUCUGUGCAAUUUUUGUACAAUUCCUACAAACAUUUGGUAUUGGUGUAUUAUUUUGUAAAAAAAUAUUUGGCAAUUCUGCCUCUUUAGAUCGCAUUGACAGUUUAUGUUAUAAAUAAUUAUUAUUUUUGUUAUUUUUUGCUGUAUGCUAGGAUCAAUUUCCAGCUUGUUUCUGUGUGGCCUAGGAACGUCUGUAAAUAUAGCCUAGCUAUAUGCAGCCAAAUGCAGAAUACAAUGUAUUCUACAAUGUUAUCAAAUCCUUUUAGGGAUCGUUUUCAUAAUUAAAUGUUUGCUUAUUAAGCUAGCUAACCAUGCUAUUCAAUAAAUUAUUUAUCUAAAAUAUUUGUUCAAAUUUAAAAUCUUAGCCAUGCCGCCAGAAUGGUUUAAAACUAUAGUAGCCAAUGGCUAAAAUAGUUAUAUUAAUGAUUUAUUUAUUCUGACGAUUACAAAAUAAAAGAUAUAAACAUC